GGUUAUGAGUGUAACAAACAUGGAAAGUCCUUCACUCAGAGGGCAAAACUCAAUACUCAUCAGAGAACGCACACCAGGGAAAAACCUUAUGAAUGUAGCAAAUGUGGGAAAUGUUUCACCUACAAGAUAACCCCUACUAAUCAUCAAAGAAUUCACACAGGAGAGAAGCCUUAUGACUGUAAGAUAUGUGGAAGGUCUUUCACACAGAAGUCAACCCUCACUGCUCAUCAGAGAAUACACACAGGACAGAAACCUCAUGAAUGUAAUCAAUGUAGAAUGUCUUUCAGACAGAAGUAAGCUCAUCAGAGAACACAUACAGGUGAGAAACCUUAUGAAUGUAACAGAUGUGGAAAGUCUUUUACCCAGAAGGAUCACCUUACUGUCCACCAGAGAACACACACAGGAGAGAAACCUUAUGGGUUCAACCAAUGUGGGAAGUCUUUCAGGUCCAAGUCAUACCUUAGUCAUCAUCAGAAAACACACACAGGGGAGAAACCUUAUGAAUGUAACAAAUGUGGAAGGUCUUUCAGAGGGAAGUCAAGCCUCACUGCUCAUCAGAGAACACACACAGGAGAGAAACCUUAUGAAUGUAACAGAUGUGGAAAGUCUUUCACCCAGAAGGAACACCUUAUUGUCAACCAGAGAACACACACAGGAGAGAAACCUUAUGGAUAUAGCAAAUGUGGAAAGUCUUUCAAGUUCAAACAGAGCCUUAAAAAUCAUCAGAGAACACACACAGGAGAGAAACCUUACAGAUGUAACAAAUGUGGAAAAUCCUUCACCCAGAAGACACACCUUACUGUCCACCAGAGAACACACACAGGAGAGAAACCUUAUGAAUGUAACAUGUGUGGGAAAUGUUUCACCUUCAAGUUAACCCUUACUAUACACCAAAGAAUUCACACAGGAGAGAAGCCUUAUGAAUGUAAGAAAUGUGGAAGAUCUUUCAGACAGAAGCCAAACCUCACUGCUCAUCAGAGAACACACACUGGGAAACCUCAUGAAUGUAACAAAUGUGGAGUGUCUUUCAGACAGAAGUCAUCCCUCACUCUUCAUCAGAGAACUCACACAGGAGAGAAAUCUUAUGAAUGUAACAACUGUGGAAAGUCUUUCACCCAGAAGCAAUACCUUACUGUCCACCAACGAACACACACAGGACAGAAACCUUAUGGAUGUAACAAAUGUGGAAUGUUUUUCAAGUGCAAGUCACACCUUACUGUACACCAGAGAACACACAUAAGACAGAAACCUUAUAAAUGUAACAAAUGUGGAAAGAUCAUCAAGUGGAUGUCACAAUUCUGCUCACAUAACCGAAUUCACACAGGUGAGAAUCUUUAGGAAUUUAACAAGUUGGAGAAGUAUUUCACCCCCAGUUCACACGUUUUUGAUCAUAGAGAAUUCACACAUUUGAGAAGCUUUAUGAAUGUAGCAAAUGUGGAGUUCUUCAACCAGAAGGCACAACUCAGGGUUCAUCAUUGAACACACAUGGGAGAGAAAUCUUGCGAUUGUAACAAAUGUGGAAAGUCCUUUACCAAGGAGUCAUGAAUCCAUGUUUAUGAAACACGUGG